AUGUUUAAAAACCUGAAAGUUAUAUUGUCUCUCGCAAAUACCGAUACGGUGGCAGACUUUGAUAACUCAACUGAAGAGCAUGUUAAUAUUCAGCGUGAUUUGGAUACAAAAUUGAAAAAAUUAGAAGGUCAAAAGUUUCCACAAGGCUUCUCGAAACCCACUUAUGUAUUAAAAGCUGUUGAUGCUAAUGAACAUAGUCAGUGGGAGACACAAUUGCAACAGGAAAGCAAAGAAAAUACUGGGAAACGAAUUAUACUUAUUCCUUAUUAUUUGGGAAAUUCUCAUUGGGUUGGAAUAAUAAUACAAUUUAAAGGAACACACGCGAUUCAGGAAAUCGAAUUCAUUGAUCCAGUAUCAAAUUCUUCAUUUGUGCAUGAAAACAUACAACAAAAAUUCAAUGACUUGUAUCCUAGGGUGACCUUACCUUCGAAAACAUUACAAACACACAACGAUCCAACACAAAGCAAUCGACUGACCAUCGAAAACUUAUUAAAACGAGUCGAAGAAUUACAACUUAUGGAUGUACAAACUGAAAUAAUCGACAAUCAAAAAACAUAUACUUCACUUUCUGAAAAAAUAAAAGUAAACGGAUUAAAUCAUAUACAUCCAUACGAAGUGAAAAAUACAGAUCUGCAAAAGAUAACUACAUCACCGUUUGCUCGAUCCGAAACGCGAUACAUUACACCUGUCAGAGUAAAUCCUGGAGAUGUGAGCGGCUAUACUGGUGAUGGUUUUGUGUUAUGUGAUAGUCCAGGAUUCGAAGAUACUAAUGGAGCCGAAGUUGAUAUUGCAAAUGGAGUCGGCAUUACUAAAGCAAUAAAGGGAUGUAAAAGUGUCAAACUUGUUAUCUUAAUCAGUGCUAUGAGCAUUGGGGACAGACAAGGUGGCGUGAAGAAUUUAGCUCGUACAUUGAUAGGACUUAUCCCAGGAAUUAAAGAUCAUAUCCGAGCAGUUGCUUAUAUAUUCACGAAAUUUUCAUUGGAGGAGAAGGACACAAUCCAUCAUUUAUUAAAAGACGCAGAACAACGAAUGGAUGAGGCAGACAAUAUCGUCGAGAAAAUAGUUAGAUAUCUACGCGAUGCAAAAUUAGAUGCUGAAGAUCUAUUAAAAAUCGUAUUUCAACGAGACGGAAAAGUUAAUUAUGAUAAACUGACAAAGUGUCUAUUAAAUCUAAAGAAUGCUGAAUGGAUAGAAAAGUAUCGAAGUGGCGAAUACUCUUAUAUCAUAAAGGAUGUUGAAGAACGACUUAUUGAACAUAUAACAGAGAUGAAAGUAACUGUCAUGCAAGUCCCUUUAAAUCUUGAUAAUUAUGACAAAAUCGAUUCAGUUCAUAAAAUAGUAUCAGAUAUCAAGGAAAUGAAACCUUUAGAAAAAUUUCUUCCAGAUAUAAAUCAGCAUAUAGUUGAUGUUAAUUCUUGGUUUGAAAAGGAGAUAAAUGGAGUUUGUAUUAUUAUUAAAGCUUCAUUCAACACAGAAGAAUGGAAGAAAGAAGAAGAAAAAAACUUAGACUUCAAAAAAGUUGAAAAAGCAUUGCAAUAUUUCGAUGCGUGUAAAAGAAACUGUAUUUCAUUACACAAUGAUUUUUUAUGUGUACCUAGCGAUUUGGAAGGAUUUGUGAAAUAUCAUAGUGAUUUUGUUCAAAAGGAGAUGGAAAGUUGUUUCGAAAAUAUGAGAAAUUUUCAAAUCGAGGGCAAAGAAAAUACAGAACAAUGUCAAAAGGAGCGUAGAGAAAAUCUAUUUGAGAAAGCUCGCAUAUUAUCAAAGCGUCUCAUUGAAGUUUCUGAAAUUAAAACUGAAUAUUGUCGUAUUUUUGCUUGUUAUACAAAUCAAAGAAUUCUCGAACAGUGGGAACAAAGAUUAAACGAUUACCACAGUGAAUUAACUAAUGAAAUAGAAAUGCUCAGCGCCACAAAUCAGAAUCUGACUUUAAAUAACAAAUUAUUGACUGUCAAUGCAUUACGUGCGCUAGAUGUUCCGCCAGGCAAGACGAAGUUUACCAAUCUUUAUUAUUUGUAUCAAAAUAAAAUACUUGUGACAACGAAUGAUGCUGUUGGCAAAGUAUUAGAUGCUAUUAAAACAUAUGAUUAUGCACGGGUUGCUCGUGGGAUGGGAUCAUUAAAGAUAGCAGGUAAUGGAGGAGAAUAUUUUUUUUGA